AUGUGCUGGAUGAACCACAUACAUGCCACCUGUCCGAGCUGCGAGAAUAGUCAAAAGACAGGUAUUGAAGUAGAAAAAUGCUUAAAAGCAACUACCAGUACAGAGACAUGUGACUUGACGAAGCGAGACAUAUUCAAGACAGGCGACGAAUGUGCUAAAUGUCAGGAGAUCCAAAGGCUUAAAGACGAGGCAGACCUGAAGAUGGCUAGGGAGGCGGAGAAAAAUGGUAUGCCCAAUACUGGGUAA